AUGACCGGAACGAGAUUCCUGCUUCCUCUGCUAAUGCCUCUCCCUCCUCUCCUCUCUUCUCUCUUUCCCGUCCUUCCUUCCCGACACCCUCCUCUCCCCCACUUCUCCUCCAACCCCUGCGUAUUUCCCCUCUUGAUUUCCGCAGAAAAGAGUUCUUGCGGGUCGUCGCGCGGCGGCGGCGACGCGGACGACGACGACACGGCGAGCACCGCGUCAUCGUCGAGCGACCUCCCCGCCGUGCACUCCGGCGCGCGCGACGACGUCUACUGCGCGGCGACGGCCACGGAAGCGCUUCUAGACGCGCUGCAGGAGAAGCGGUCAACAACGCGCGAGGCGGCACUCAAAGGGCUGGCGACCACUCUGGCGUCGCAAGUUCACGGGGAGCUCGUGCAGGACAAGUUCGACACUCUCACACAGGGUUUCCUCUCGUGCCUUAGAAAGGGCAAGGCCCCUGAGCAAGUUCUAGCUGCCCGCUGCCUUGGUCUGCUGGCGCUCACCUUGGGGGCGUCUGACUCGUGCGAGGAGCUGCUGUCCUCGUCGCUGCCGCAUCUGAGCAAGCUCGCUCGCGCUGCUGGCUGUGCCGCCACCCGCGUUGCUUGUCUAGACGCCAUGGCCAUCAUCACGUUCGUGGGGGCCAUGGACGCACAUGCCACGGAGGAGAGCAUGGGCCUGCUGUGGCUUGUCGCCAAUCCCCAGGGCGCCAGCAAGGCGGUGGUGCCAGCGGCAGUGAGGGGAUCAGCCAUCAGCAACUGGACUCUGCUGCUCUCCACACUGCCCUCCUCGCAGCUCUCGCAGUUCCACACUCGCAGUGAGCUGGAAGUUCUGUCCCGCUGCCUGCAAGACGCGGAUCUGAGUGUGAGGGGGGCGGCAGGCGAGGCCAUAGCGCUCGUGCACGAGCACUGCCCUGCAGACGCUGCAGCUGAGGCUGUGACCGCUGCAGGGACGGGAGGAGGUUCGGCGAAUGGCUUGGCAAACGGUGGUGUGGAGAGCAGUGACUCGGAUGACUCUAUCGUAGAUGGGGUGGUGCUGCCUGAUAAACCCGUGGGAGGUGGGCGCCAGGGCAGUGCAACGGUGCAGAAGGCGGUGGAGCAGAUGCAGCAGCUGACGGUGGGCAGCAGCAAGCAGAUGACCAAGAAGGACCGCCUCUCCCAGCGGCUGGCGUUCAGGGAGAUCCUCGGAUCCAUCCGGGACAACGGGCGUUGCUCCGAGACGGUCAUCAGGCUGAAGCACGGCGACUCACUGCGCGUCGACACGUGGACGCUGACAGUGCAGCUGAAUGCUCUCCGGAGGUUUCUAGCUGACGGCUUUCAACGCCAUUUGCAGGAGAACGAGUUGCUGCACCAGGUCUUCAGCUACCAGCCUCGCAUGGAGAAGAAGGAGGUUUUCCAAACAGCCGUGCAGAAGCGUAUGAUCCUCUCUCCCAACUCCGAGGCCAGUCGCAACCGCUCCGUUGCUCGCAGGCGCAGCCGUCUCGCAGCACAG